CGUUUGAAUCGGCCCGGACGGCAGUCCGCUUGUCAGUGCAGGUGUUUUCGCAGGUUGUGAAAAUUCGUUGGAUAGCGAUUGAAGGACAGCCCACUUUCCUGCGGCCUCUAUUACUUCUCGAGUUGAAACUUUCACUCAAUUUUCAUCUCAGAAACCAAAACAAAGUGAUAUGUAGUCUAGUGGACUUAGUUGUAUACGGCGAAAAUAUUGAAAAUGUCUCGUUUUCCGAAGAACUACUGAAAUAAACCACGUGAAGUUACGACGAAUAUAUUAUCAAAAGUGAUGGUAUUUCUAUGUGAAGAAAUAUUAGUAUCCAGUUAAAUUCGACAGAAUACCGUUUUAUUUUCUUUCAUUCUAUAUUUAAAUACUGUGGAUAUAUUAGAUAAUGCUGUAUUAGGAUCAUUGAAAGUGUUGUGGGGUCCAUGGCCAACAUGCUUGAUAAUGUCGCUGUCCGAAGCAUUGCUAAGCAUCGGAAUAAGCUUAUGUCUCUGGUAGAAAGUACUAAGAAGCGAAAGAAAAAGAAACAGAAAACUUGGGCUGUGCCUCCAAGUAAUAUCGAACAUUUGGUCUUCAAAAAGAUUCCAACAAGUCCUAUUGAUCCCGGUCCAAAUUUCAAUGGCUUACAUUAUUGUGACGACACUCCGGUGCCCGACGAGUAUGAUGGAGAUGAUCCUGAAGAUUCUUACGAUGAGCUAGACGUCAAGCUCCCGCAUCUCCUAAUUUAGAAUGUUUUCCUGUCCCUCCAUUGAAAUUGAAGCUGUCAUGUUACUAUUUCUACUCCAUAUUGCCUUUAC